AUGAGGAAGUUUCUGGUUUGCUGGAUUUGUAAUAUCUUCUACCAAAACCUAUUGACCUCUCUCUACCUUGCCCCUCCCAUUAAGAGUUUUUACCUUGGUAUCUCUCGACAUGAUAAGCCAUUGAAAGCCUUGGACAAUAAAAUACGCCCAGACGGCUGUGAAUAUCGGAAAUUUCUGGAUUUCUCAUUAAUACAUUUCAUCAACAAGCUCUCAACUAACCGAGAGUCCUUCCGUGUAUCCCUCGAAUAUGAGAGCACCGCUCUUAGGGGCCCUUCUAGCAGUGAAUUACUCGGUCGCGUAUUUCGUGGGCGCUGUACCCCAAACUGUCACCAAGUCACUUGUCUGAGCUCCACCAACGGUAGUCUCACCACUCAUCCUGUCAAUAUAGCCGACCACUUGAAUGCUUACUUUGCCAGCUGCUUCUUACCUCCUUCUCCCAAGUUCAAUCCUACAAUCUCCGCCUCAAAUUACACCUCUACAACAGAGCUAACUGCUUCCAAAUACAGAGGGAUCUACCAUACCCCUCUUUUAAUGCGAAUCCCCGAUCGUCUGGUCAAAGCUCCGUUAAUCAGGUUUCUGCUAGCUACAAACGCCAUAGAUAAUCAACAGUACGGAUUCCUAUCUCUUAGUUCCGUAAAUGGCUGCCAGCCUCACUUACGCUGGAUGCUCCUUGUAACAGCAUAUCUGGACAUCCAAAAGCCUUCGACCAUGACCCCACGCCUCCCUGCUACACAAACUUAG